GUAAGUGUUACCCGAUCCCAAUAAUAAAAAUACCAGAUUCGUUGCCACACCCCUAGGUUUUCUCCCUCUUCAUCUCUCCCAAUUUCUCUCAUCAAAGUUUCAACCUUUGAUAAGAUUGAAUCAUGGGGAACGCCCUGAGAUUCCUCUACAGCCAUUGCUGCAAGCCCACAGCAGCUGGUGAUUCUGAAUCACUUGGACCACACGGUGUUUCCUCUGCCACCGUUGGUGUUUCAACACUUGCCCAUGAUCUCUUUCACUUUGACAUCACCUCCCAGGUCCCGGAAGGACUCAGCAAGCAUGUUGUGUCUUCUAAGAAGGCUCAGGCUAAUUGGUAUAGAAAGUUAGUAGAUGCUUGGAAAGAGGCAAAACCUCCUCCUAAGACACCUGAAGAAGCAGCUAGACUUGUCAUUCAGACCUUGAGAAGACAUCAAAAAGCAGAUGUUGAGGGAUUGUUGGCUUUCUAUGGUCUUCCUCUACCACACACACUGGUUCAAGGAACUACCCAACCCCUUUCAUCCUUGCCUGAUGGAGUUCAAUUUGAAAUGCACACCUUGCCGGUUGAUGCAAAGGCAGUAGCAGAUGGAGACACUAUAACUGUGUAUGUUAGCACAACAGACCCCAGGGAAUCAGCAUUUGUCCCUGGAAAUGUGCAUGCAGCAGCCGUGCGAAGAUCAGAAGCGCGUGCACGAAGGAACUUUACAGAAGCGGAUGCAUUGCACAAACAGAUCAUUGAUUCAGGAUAUCGGGUGAUUCCGGUUCAAAACGAGGAAAUUCUAGCCAAGAAGUAUAGGAUUCGGUUAAGGGGAAUUGAUGCACCAGAAAGUGCAAUGCCAUAUGGAAAGGAAGCUAAAACUGAACUGACCAAGAUUGUUCAAGGCAAGCCUUUGAGGAUCCUUGUUUAUGAGGAAGAUCGUUAUGGUCGUUCUGUAGGUGAUAUCUAUUGUAAUGGCAUUUUUGUACAGGAAAUGAUGUUAAAGAAAGGUUUAGCAUGGCACUACGUAGCAUAUGACAAACGACCGGAACUGGAAACAUGGGAAAAACAAGCCAGAGCAAAGCGUGUUGGAUUAUGGGCUUCAAAAAAUCCUGAGAAGCCAUGGGAAUGGAGAAAGGACAGACGAGAGGCUGCAUGACAACACCUAAAAUCAGACUAGCAGCAUUAUUGCCAAAAGAAAUUGAGUCUAGGGCAAAACAAAAGCCCUUCAUUCAAUAUUAGUGUAUCAUUGUUGUAACAAAUUGCAUGUAUAUAAAACAACUGUCAACCAACUAGAUCUAUUUGUCAAUGGAAUGCUUGGAUUAUUAAAAAGUCUGAUAUUAGACCUCCCAAACAAGUUUUUAUCAAUAGGCUUGAAUACCUGAGAUAAGGAGAGAAUGAAAAUUAAGGACAUUACAUAUAUUCAAUAUAUGUUCAAUUCAUUGCAAUGGCUUAAUUACUCAGUCUCAACCAAUAAAGGUUGGUAAAGUUUGAUUCUGUUGUCGAUGUGAAAACCUUGUGUUAUGGGUAAUAUGUAAGUAUUUAUUUAAGUAUU